GCAGCCUGGGGUCUCCCGGCAGGGCGGCAGGAUGCGUGGGGGAGGGGAGCUCCGGCUACUCCGCCCCCGACCCGCGGUGCUAAGGAAGCAGAAGAGAGCCGCAGCAUGGAUCUGGGAACAGAAACUUUGAGACUGAGGCGGCGGAGUAGAGGACCUGUCAGCCGGCUUGUCCCACUGUAGCUUGCCCUUGAGCUCGUAGGAGAGUCCCUGGGUGCCGGUAGGGAACAGGGAGAGCCCCUGGCCCUCUUCUUGAACACUGAUUGACGUUGGACUACUACUUCCCCUACUGCGCCUGUAACGCUUCUCCGGGUGAGCCCCGCCCCAUCCAGGCUCCCACUAGCAGAUUGGGCAGUUGGCGCCUCGCCCAGGCCGGACAAGCAUCUGGAGGAGACAGGAGUAGGGGACCUCUUUGCCGGACCUCUGUCCCCUCCUGCGCCUUCUCCACGCUCCCCGGAUCCCCACUUCCCAGCUCCACUUCCACCCUCGAUUAUCGCCGCUCAGCCUGUGAUGUGCCUCCCAGGAGCCCAGAUCUCUCCUGCCCAUCUCUACUACCCUGUGUGGGCUCCCUGGAUCCGCGCCGAGUCCCUGACCUCUAGACCUCCAGGGCGGCGUGGGUCAGGGCCUCUUCGCGUGCUCCAGCGGUCGGUGCAAGCUGAAUGCAUCCUGAUGCUGCUGCGGGCUCUCACUCUCCGGUUGUUGGCCUUUCUGUUAGUUCUGCAGCAGCCAGUGCUCGCUCAGAAUCUCAGGGCGCAGGACGUGAGCAUGGGCGUGGACUGGCUGACUCGCUAUGGCUACCUGCCACCGGCGGAUCCUGUCAACGCCCAGAUGCAGAGUCUUGGGAAGCUGCAGGAUGCAAUCAAAGUCAUGCAGAGAUUUGCCGGACUACCUGAGACUGGACAAAUGGACCCAAUAACAAUAGCGACCAUGCACAAGCCCCGGUGCUCCCUGCCUGAUAUUCUGGGGGCUGCUGGGCUGGUAAGACGCCGGCGUCGCUAUUCUUUGAGUGGCAGUGUGUGGAAGAAGCGCACCCUGACAUGGAGUAUCCAGUCCUUCUCUCAGAGAUCCCAGUUGAGCCAGCAGAUUGUUCGGACCCUCGUGAGCUAUGCCCUGGCUGCCUGGGCUGCUGAGUCAGGCCUUACGUUCCAGGAGGUGAAUUCUCAGUACCAGGAGCCUGACAUCAUUAUCCACUUUGCCCGGGCCUACCACCAGGACAGUUACCCCUUUGACGGGCCUGGUGGUACCCUGGCUCAUGCCUUCUUCCCUGGGGAGCACCCCAUCUCUGGAGACACACACUUUGAUGAUGAAGAGACCUGGACUUUUGGGUCAACAGGUGGUGAAGGAAUCGACCUAUUUGCAGUGGCAGUUCAUGAAUUUGGCCAUGCCCUAGGCCUUGGCCACUCUUCUGCGCCCAACUCCAUUAUGAGGCCCUUCUACCAGGGCCCAGUAGGUGACCCUAGCACAUACCGUUUGUCUCAGGAUGACCGUGAUGGAUUGCAGCAGCUCUAUGGGAAAGUGUCCCAAACUCCGAAUGCCAGGCCCACAAGGAAACCCCUGGCUCCACCUCCCCAGCCUCCAGUCAUGCCCCCUGACAGCCCCUCCAUACCUGUGCCUGAUCGCUGUGAGUGCAAUUUUGAUGCCGUUGCCAACAUCCGAGGGGAAAUUUUCUUCUUCAAAGGCCCAUGGUUCUGGCGCCUCCAACCCUCAGGGCAGCUGGUAUCACCUCGCCCUGCUGGGUUGCACCGCUUUUGGGAGGGGCUGCCAACCCACGUGAAAGUCAUCCAGGCUGCCUAUGCCCGACCCCUGGAUGGCCGAAUCAUCCUCUUUAGCGGCCCGCAGUUCUGGGUAUUCCAGGAACGGCAGCUUGAGGGUACAGCACGGCCACUGGUAGAGUUUGGCCUGCCUCCUGGAGAAGAAGUGGAUGCUGUGUUCUCAUGGCCUCACAAUGGCAAGACAUACCUGAUCCGAGGCCAAAAGUACUGGCGGUAUGAUGAGGUGGCAGCGCGCCUCGACCCUGGCUACCCACGCGCCCUGAGUCUCUGGGAGGGGGCGCCCUUUGCCCCAGACGAUGUCACCAUCAGCAACACAGGUGACACUUACUUUUUCAAGGGCUCCCAUUUCUGGCGCUUUGCGGCGGGCAGUGUCAAAUCUGAGUUAGAUUCCCCCCAGCCAAUUGGGCCCGAGUGGCUGGACUGCCCUGCCCCCAACUCUGACCCUCGAGUCACCAGUCCCCCGAAAACAACAUCCGAAACCCGAAGCUGUGAUUGUCACUGCGAGCUCAAUCAAGCCUCAGAGCAUCUGUCGACUUUCCUGCUGCCCCUCCUACCUCUAUUGGCUGGAGCCAUCCUUUCUUGCUGAAACCUGUUCCUUCCUUGUGGACUUCCUAUAUAGAAGGGAGACAAGGUCUCCCGCAGCUGGACUUAGUGUAGUAGGGUCGUGAAACGCUGCGGAGCCUCACCAUCUGUUCUCACAUGCACAGAGCCUCAGCUGUGCACACAGGCACACAGCACAGGAUUCCUAGCGAGAAACCUGCUGACGCCUCAAGAGUUACUGAGCCUGUUUUCUGUUGGGGCCAUAGUGAGGGUGGCCACCAGGGGGCAGUGUGCACCCUCUCCAUUGCCAAGAGGGGCACACCCGCUACAGCCACUGGAACUAGAAACCCACCAGAACUGCAGCUUGGACAAUUGCUCCUCAAAUCAAGGCGACACUACACUCAGGUUAUGUGCUGCCUUCUGCUGAGCUGACUGACUUUUUGGGAAUUCCCACUCCACUGAUUCUUCACAACUAGUCCUACUGGUCACCGUGGGUUGGUGACUGUCCACUGACUAGAUGUGUUAAACAGGACCAGGACAUUGACCCCCAUGGCUCCUUUAGCCCCUGAAUGUGUCCCUGAAUCUCCUUACCAUGUCCGACUUCCUCUGUGUCCCUUUACAGGCACUGCCACAGGGUAGGGACUUAGGCCAAGCACUGCCACCUCCUCUGAGGGUGUACGUCAAGUCUUGACUGACAUCAGUGUUGAUGUGGAUGGGAUUUCUCCAUGUUUGGCCCAGCUGAUCUCAUUUUAGGUCACCCUCAUCCCAGAACACAACCUAGGGUCAUCACCCUCACCUCAGGAUUGCCCAAUUCACUUGAAAGGGAUCUUAUGAUUCCUGUCUCUGUCACCAACUGAGGUGGCCAUAGCUUCCGUCUCAGAACUGAUUGGCUCCCAUCUGCACAUGCUGCUGGGAAGCCGUGAACAGGACCCUCUCAGAGAUGCCAUUUCAUCUGUGUGGUGUGUGCCUGUGAGCACAGGAGCCCGAGGAUGCAGGAGGUGCUGGACCCUCUACAAGGGCAGCUUUUAACCCCUGAGCCAGGGCUCCAGCCCCUGCAAUUGCCAUCCUAGCCCUCCCAGAGGGCCCAGUGAUACACGGUGAGCAGUGAAAAAAUAGGAGGUAGCUUCCUUCAGACUAACUUCCUCAUAGAUUCAGGACUUAGAUCAUUGCUUCUACACAGAAUCUCAUGGGAAUUUUUUUUUUUCGAGACAGGGUUUUUCUGUGUAGUCUUGGCUGUCCUGAAACUCACACUAUAAACUAGGUUGGCCUCGAACUCAGAAAUCUGGGGCCUCUACCCAUGGAGUGCUGGGAUCAAAAGUGUGUACCACCACCAUCCAGCAUCUCAUGGGUAUUUAAGAAUAAAGAUCUCAUUCCCUUACCCUGAAUCCUUAUUCUGGGGAUGGGGCCAGGAAUCUGUACUUAGGAAUGAGUGCAGGCA